AUGGAAAAUUUUCAGCUCGCUCCUGGCUUCUUUCACGUCCAGCUUAACCAGAUUUGGGCGAUUCUUCAUGUGCACCAAGGAUCGAUAGAGGAGAGUGGAGGUCUCCAGUACUAUAUCUCCUUGCUCGGCAGAGUAAGGCUUGGCACAGAAUAUCCAGACUACCACACCCUAGUCUCAUUUGCAACUCAAGUACUUGUGAGGCACAUUACGCUCUAUUGGGAGACCAUAUGUGGGAUGAGUCUUUCGAGUCUUGCUGAAGCUAGGCAUAGUCCUGAGGAGAUGAAAGCUUUUGCAAUGGAGAUUUACCACAAGUAUAUCUUGUCACAUGCACUGGAUCAAAUCACAGGUCAAUCAGUGGACAGCCAAGACAGUGUCCUAUGA